AUGGCCGAAUCACUUCUUUUCAGCUUCGCAGAAUCGCUUCUGCGGAAGCUUGCUACUGUUGCCAUUCAAGAAGCUGCUCUGGCGCUUGGUGUGCGAAGCGAGCUACAUCAGAUGAAAGAAACUAUGUCACUCAUCAGAGGUGUGCUCUUAUAUGCUCAGCAAAAGACUCCACAGAGCAUGGCGUUGAGCGAAUGGUUGAGACGGGUUAAACGCGUGUUUUCUGAUGCUGAAGACAUAGUCGAUGACUUUGAAUGCGAAGCGCUUCGGAAGCACGUUGUCAACACUUACGGUAGUCUCUCGAUGAAGGUACGCCGUUUCUUCUCAUCAAGUAAUUCUGUUGUUUAUCGUCUUAGAAUGGCGCAUCGCAUUCAAGACAUCAAUACCAGGUUGGCCAAACUUGCAGCUGAUAGGAACAUGUUUGGCCUUCAAAUCAUUGACCACGAUACACGUGUUGUCCAUGUGAGGGACAUGACUCAUUCUUAUGUAAAACCUUCGAAUGUUACAGGAAGGGAACAUGAUAAGAAUGAAAUACUAAACCUUCUUAUGCAAGAUGGUGAUCGUCCAAGUCUUUCUGUUAUUUCCAUUGUUGGAAUGGGAGGCUUGGGAAAAACCACCCUUGCUAAGUUGGUCUUCAAUGACACAAACAUUGAUGCAUGUUUUCCGUUGAAGAUGUGGGUAUGUGUCUCUAAUGAUUUUGAACUUAGAAAUGUGCUCGUCAAAAUUCUUAAUUCUAUUCCAAACCCAACUAGAGAAAACUUCAAUAACCUUGAGAUAGAACACCUUCAAAAUCAUUUGAGAAAUACACUUAAAGGUAAGAAGUUCUUGCUUGUGUUAGAUGACGUGUGGAACGAGGAUCCUGCAAGAUGGCAUGAGUUAAAGGAAAUAAUAGAUUCGGAUGUUGAAGGUAGUAAAGUCGUAGUGACUACUCGUAGCCAUGCAGUAGCUACCAUGAUGCAAACUAAAUCCUCAAAUCCAUACCUUCUUGAAUGUCUUUCUGAAGAAGAUUCUCUUUCUCUAUUUGUGAAAUAUGCGUUUGUAGAUGGAGAGGAGAAAAACCAUCCAGAACUACUGGAGAUUGGGAAAGAGAUCGUAGAAAAAUGUGGACGGUUACCGUUGGCACUGAAAACGGUGGGGAGUUCGUUGUUCUCGAAGGUUGUUAAGGAAGAUUGGGAGUCUAUAAGAGACAAUGAGAUUUGGAAUUUAGAACAAAAUGAAAAAGGAAUUUUGCCUCCUCUCAAACUAAGUUAUGAUCAACUGCCUUCAUAUUUAAAACCAUGUUUUGCUUCUUUAUUCCUUUAUGAAUACGACAUUAAUGUUUUAUGUUAUGAUCUUUCCAUGUUGUUGGAUUCACUUGGUUUUCUUCCACCACCAAAGGAAGGUGAAUCAAUGAGUGAUGUUGCUAAUCAAGUUUUGCGUGAACUAAGGACAAGAUCGUUUCUUUCCGAUGAUCUUGACUUUGGGGUUGAUUCUUGUUUUGAAAUGCAUGAUUUGGUAAGCGAUCUUGCAGUGUAUAUUGGGAAAGGUGAAUUUGAAAGAGUAAAUCGUCGCAAUCCAAAAAUAUCGGAGAACGCCCAACAUUUAGUAUUUGAGGAAAAUGACUUUUGUGGUGAAGAUCUUGUCCCCACUGGUGUCAGAUCUGUUGUUUUUCGUAACGGAGGGAAUGAUAUAAAUUUCUUGAAUACAUUGGUGUCAAGGUGCAAAUACUUGAGGCUUUUAGACUUACGUUAUUCAGAAUAUGAGAAUCUGCCUCAGUGUAUCGGAAAGUUGAAACAUUUAAGAUUUCUCUGCCUUGCAAAAAAUGAAAAACUUAAGGAACUCCCUGAUUCAGUCUGCAAACUUCAAAAUUUGCAAACUUUAAUCCUUAGUGGAUGCACAAAUCUACAAAAGUUACCCAAAGGAAUGAAAAAUCUUGUUAGCCUUCGUCAUUUGGCUAUAACCACUGCACAAACUGAUUUUCCAGAAGAAUUGAUUGCAAAUUUGACUUCUUUAGAAAAUUUAUCUUUUACUGAAUGUGAUAAUUUGGAAUCAUUGUUCGAAGGAGUACAACUUUCAACGGUUAAGAGUUUGAUUUUGUCUGAGUGUGGAAGUCUAAAGUCGGUGUCGCUCCAUGCCUUCAGAAAUUUAGAGGUUUUAAUGAUUGCCGAUUGCAUCAAGCUGGAAUUGUCAAUGAGCCUUAGCUACCAAAUCCCAGAUUCAAAGUUAAAGUAUCUUUUUCUUGAUGACUUGCCACAACUGGUUAAAUUGCCUCAGUCGUUUCAAGGAUCUGCAGACAGUUUACAACACUUAGCAAUUUCAGAUUGCGUCAAUCUUGAUGAACUUCCUGAAUGGCUACCAACUCUAAGUUGUCUCAAAGUACUUGACAUUUGCAGUUGUCCUAAUCUACUGUCACUCCCUGAUAAUAUUCAUCACCUCACAAAUCUUGAAAAUCUAGAAAUCGUUGAUUGUCCUGAAUUAUGCAGAAGAUUCAAACCAAAAGUUGGACAAGAUUGGCACAAGAUAUCACAUAUCAAACAAGUUCACAUUGAAGAUUCAGAUAAUGAAGAAGAAUUAUCCGAAUAAUAGUCAAAAGUUGAAGGUUAUACCACUUUGUGGAUCUUUCCACCUCAAAAUGGACUGAUAUUUAGCAUGAAGCUAGAGAAUAUCCUAUUUACAUAUAAAAUUUGUAUCUGCUAUAAGUUU